GACAAAUUCCUUAAUACGCCCCUGAAGUGUAUGGUUUCAGGGGUUUAGAAAAUCAUCGCAUUUUCGUAUUUUCAAGAGGAAACAUAUGUUUGCAGGAAAAAUGGAGGAAAGAGAUGUUGAAGGAUUUGUGAAAGAAGUUGAUGAAGAAGGGUUCCAUAAAGAUAUGGAUGAUGAAAUUAAAAAGAAAAAAGAGAGACAGAUGUUCCUGGACGAUGUUGGAGUAGUAGUUGCGAUGAUAUCUAUCACAGUGUUAGCAAUUGUAGUUGUUAUACUUAAAGUUCUACUAUUCGACAGUACUGGGCCAGGAGAGUUAGGAACAUUUAAACCUUUGCCUCAGAUGCAGAACUCUAUAAUCAAGUAUACAGCUAAUGGAUAUAUUCCAUGCAAAGGAUAUGUUCCUUGCCCUCCAGGAAUGGAGGAUUGAGAGAAAAGAAGAAGAAAAUAAUCAAAAUAUCACCUAAACAUUUUGUUCUUUGAAUAACACUCCAAAUAUUCCAACUGUGCGCUUAAUAUUGCUAAACAUGUAUAUAUAUGUAUCUAAUGUAUUAAUGGAAUUAAAUUUAAACCUCACUAUCUGGCAAUUUUCUUUGCAGUUCAACGUUUUUGCCUUCCAUGUUUUUUUCCAGAAUAUCUCUUUUUAUUGAGGACCCAAAUAUUUCUUAAACCCCAAUAAACACUAAUCAAAUUUUCAUUUAAAAAAUUCCCAAGAAACAAACCAGUAUUUUUUCAUACAUUUUAAUUAAAAAUUUUGUUAUGCUUAGGAAGGGUUUCAAAGGGUUUAAAACAAUUCCGACUCAUUCUUAACAUUUUAUUAACAUCUAAUUGAUCUAACUAAGCCUUUAGAGUUUCAUUUUAAACGGAUCCGGAUCAAAGGACCUAAUUAGUUGCUAUUUAGAUAUAGUUUUCUAAUCCAUAAAACUUUGGAAUCUCAUUUGGACAAUUGACAUUGCAAACUUUGAAUACUAAUAGUAAAAGUUUGAAAUAUCAGAGGUUUACACCAUAAGGUUUCAAAGAUAUGAGAAUUA